CGUAUCGUAUUAAUAGAUGAUGAGUAACAGUGAAAUUCACACGUUUGGCGUCCAGCCAAUCACUUCUCACGCGUUCAAUUCAAACAAAGACAAAUUGGCAGUAUCGCCAAACAAUAAUGAAGUGCACAUUUAUCACAAAGAAGGUGGUGGCAAAUGGAAUCUGAAUAGUUCUUUGGGCCAACAUGAUCUUCGAGUGACCAGUAUUGAUUGGGCCAAACGAACAAAUCGAAUCGUGACCUGUUCGGCCGACCGGAACGGCUACGUUUGGACGCUGGUGGAUGGCGUAUGGAAGCCGACGUUGGUUUUACUUCGUAUAAAUCGGGCUGCGACUUGUGUUCGGUGGUCACCCAAGGAGGACAAGUUAGCUGUUGGUUGUGGUGCGAAACUGAUAUCGGUCUGUUACUUUGAAGAACAAAAUGACUGGUGGGUGAGCAAACACAUAAAAAAAUCGAUAAAAUCAACGGUAACAAGUAUUGAUUGGCAUCCAAACAAUGCCCUGUUGGCAUGUGGUUCUACCGAUUUCCGGACGCGAGUAUUCACAGCUUAUGUCCGUGACGUGGAUAAUUCAAUCAAUGCUGAUGAAGUGAAAGCCACGUGGAAUGGAAAAACAGAUAUCGGCACAAUGUUGGCCGAAUUUCACUCGUCACAAGGCGGAGGAGGCUGGGUUCAUUGUGUGGCUUUUUCGCCCGACGGUACUCGAUUGGCUUGGGUGUCUCAUGAUUCAAGUGUUUCGGUGGUCGAUUCUCGUAAAAGCAUGCAUCCGAUCAACGUGCGAACCACAUUUUUGCCAUUCCUAUCGUGCGUUUGGUGUUCGGACAAUCUGCUCGUCACAGCGGGUCAUGAUUGCUGUCCCAUGCUCUACUGCUACGAUGAUUAUAGCGGCGAAAUUCGAUUUCUGGCCAAAAUUGAUAAAUCGACAAAGAGAGAAGCCGACGGUUUCAGUGCAAUGAGAAAAUUUCGUGAUAUGGACAAGCGUGCAUUGGUCGAGAAUACCGUGUCAAACACGAUGCUCGAUACGGUCCACCAGAACACCAUACUCGAGGUUCGUCUCUAUUCGGAUUUCGAUUCGAAACUAAGGAAAACCGAGCAAAUAUCGACCAUCGGCGUUGACGGCAAAAUGGUCAUUUGGGAUCUCAAGUCGAUUGAAUCUUCGUUGGCCAACAUGAAAAUCAAAUGAGUGUUCCAUGAGAUGUUGUGUUUCAAUUUCUCUCAUCAUUGCAUCAAUAUAUUAUCUCCUUGAUCAUUGAAUUAGUUGUAUGUACACAAACACACACAGAGAUUAGAUGAUUUUUGUUCACCCAUCUCAAAUGUGCCUUGCUAUAUCACCACAGACAUGUGUAUUCUUUGCAGCCAAACAAAAAAAAUUCCAUCACACUUACAAUGUAUAAAUACAAUUUUUGCUUUGUCAAUUUGCAGUAGAUGGCGUUUGAAUUAAAGUAAAGUAUAUAUUCAUUACAGUGAGAA